UGUGAGAGAAGUGAUGGGAUGAAUGUGGGGAAUGAGCGCCCUCCCUCUGGCACUCCGCAGUGCCUGGCGCGGUGGCGCACGCUCACUCGGCUUGAGAGGCGGGCGGGGCAACGCUGACGUCAUCCACGCUCCCCCCCCCAGCAGAGGGGCGGUGGCCGAGCUGGCUACUCCGAGCACAUUGACGGACAGAGGGACAGAGAGACGGGACCGGCAGGCACACGUCCAGGCCAUGCCCGGGGAGGCUGCGCGUGCUGAACUGCCGCUGCCUGAGGCAGUAGGGUCAGGAUCCCGCACAGAUCUCUCAUGUGAUGCAGCCAAUGCCACCAUCCUGAAAGGGGACCAACAGGAGCCCCAUGCCCUGACCCCAGGGCCCAGCCUCCUGGCUCUCACAUUCCUGUCCAGCAAACCAGGUGCCCGGCCCCAGCCUGAGGGAGCCAGCUGGGAUGCAGGGCCCAGUGGGGCUGCCUCAACCUGGGCAGAUCCAGCAGAGGGUAGCCCAAGUCCAGGGGUCCUCCCCGAGGGCCUACCUCUCCAGCCUUUGUCUGCUGAUGUCCCUCUCCCCACCACCCUGGAGCCCCGCAUCGUGAUGGGUGAGGAGACAUGCCAGGUCAUCCCUUCACCCAGGGCAGCCUGGCCAGUGCUCAGGGACCGGGAGGGUGGGCACAUGGCCCUGCAUCCACCUCCGGAGCUGUGUUCUCAGGGUGAUCCUCCUGUGCCUUCCCCUCCCCCCGACCUUGAGUCCUACUUCACAGCCCCCUCCACUCCCACCAAGACCAUCUAUGGCCUGCUCCCUGACCAUGCGCCCCACAGCGAUGCCUGGGACCUGGAGGCCGAGCUGCUGGAUGAGUUACUGGACUCAACGCCAGCUUCACCCUCAGGCUCCUAUAUUACAGCAGAUGGGGACAGCUGGGCCUCAUCGCCUUCCUGUUCCCUCAGCCUGCUGGCCCCAGCUGAAGGGCUGGACUUUCCCUCCGACUGGGGCCUCUCCCCGUCAGGGUCUGCGGUAGACGAACUAGAGCCACACCCCACAGACCCUCCAGAGCCCCCAUCCUCGGAGUCUAGCCUCUCAGCCGACAGCAGCUCUUCCUGGAGCCAAGAGGGCCAUUUCUUUGACCCGACCUUCUUGGCCAACGACCCGAUGAUCCCUGCCGCCCUACUACCCUUCCGGGGUAGCCUCAUCUUCCAGGUGGAAGCCGUGGAAGUGACACCCCUGUCCCAAGAGGAGGAGGAGGAGGAAGAGGAGGUAGCUGCUGGUGCUGCCACCCCGGAUGGAGACCUGGCCGGAGAGGGCGAGGAUGACAGCUCAUCUGGCUCCUUCCUGCAGUCACUGUCUGAUCUGUCCAUCAUCGAGGGCAUGGACGAGGCCUUCGCCUUCCGGGAUGAUACCUCGGCCCCCUCCUCAGACUCGGACUCCGCUUCCUAUGCCGGGGCAGAUGACGACAGGCUGUACAGUGGGGAGCCCCAUGCCCAGCCCAGUGCCGAGAGUACAGAGCAGGAGCACAGAAGCAGGGUCACAUUUCAGGGGACAGAGCACGAAGCCCGUCUCACCAAUAGCCAGGAAUCGAUUGCAGAACUAGCAGAAGAGGCUCCAGUUUUAGGCAGAGAGUCUGAAGCUACCAUGCCCCUUCCUGAUCUGCGAGCAGCUCCAGACCCCCAGGAGGAAACCACAGUCACCCCCAGGGGAGGGAACGAAGAAGUUGAUGCGGUUGCUCAGCAAGCACCCAGCAUACUGCCCCAGCCCUGCCAGCAGGGGCUGAGCACAACUUUAGGCUCUGAGCCUGUCCCUGAACAACCAAUUCUAGAUCUGCAGGAAGAAGCAAGCCCCACCUGUCCAAUCCUUCCUGAUAACCUGAAGGAAGGAGGCCUGGGCCUUCCCUCCACACUGGAGUAUGUGGCUGUGGCUUCAGUGAGACCCCAGAAGGCCGAGGGAGCUGCUGCAAUGCCCCAGGACUCCCCUAUUACUUUAGCCCCAUUAUUGCAAUGUGCAGAUCCCGCCUCAGGCCCAGAGUCUGUGGCUGUAGUCACUCUGAGGCUCCGGCAAGAUGAGGGGUGUGUCGUAGCAGUGCAGGAUGCUCUUGUGGCACCAUUGCCUCCACUCCUACAGAGCACAGAUGUGGCUACAUUUGGGUUCCAGCAGGCUGAGGAAGGCAUCACAGAACCCCAGGACUCCCCUGUGGCAUCAUGCCCAUCCCUGAAAGGCUUAGACCCAGAACCUGAGGCUCUGGUCACAUUGGGGUCCCAGCAGGAUGAAGGGGUUGCCCCAGUACUCCAGGACUCUCCUAUAGCAUGUCUACCCCUGCAAGGCUCAGACCUCACCUCAGACCCAGAGCCUGAGGCUCUGGUCACAUUGGGGUCCCAGCAGGAUGAAGGGGUUGCCCCAGUACUCCAGGACUCUCCUAUAGCAUGUCUACCCCUGCAAGGCUCAGACCUCACCUCAGACCCAGAGCCUGAGGCUCUGGUCACAUUGGGGUCCCAUCAGGAUGAAGGGGUUGCCCCAGUACUCCAGGACUCUCCUAUAGCAUGUCUACCCCUGCAAGGCUCAUAUCUCACCUCAGACCAAGAGCCUGUGCUUGCUGCCACACUGGGACCACAGCAGGCUGAGGAGGGUGACACCAUACCCCAGGUUACUCCAGUAGCAUCAUCUUCACCCCUGCAAAGCUUAGAUUCACCCUCAGAACUACAACCUGUGGCUGCAGCCACACUGGAGUCCCAACAGGCUGAAGGCAAUGCCACAGCAGCCCAGGACACCCCUGAGAUGGCACCUCCUUCCCCCCAAGAUACAGAUUCCACCUCCGACCCAGAGCUGAUAGUCCAAGACACCGUUCAGACACUGCAGAGAGAAACAGGCUACACCCCAGAGACGAAGCCUUCAGCCUCUGAGGUCCAUCAGGAAUCAGGCGUGGCCUUAGGACCAAAGCCAGUGCCCAGGGAGCAGGAUGCAGAACCCCCUCUAGACUCGGCACUCCCAGCUCCAAAGCCAGCCCAACAGAAUGGCUCAAAGCCAGCUGUGAAAGCUGAUAACCCUGGGGCUCCAGAAGAGCCAUGUCCCACCUUGAGCACAAAGACCUCCGAGCCUGCAUCUUGUGCGGGAAAGGAAGUAGCGGAGAACCUAUCUGUACUCAAGCAAGGAGCAUGUCUUGAAACACAUGAUGGGGUCAAGACCCACUCACCUCAAAGAGAGGCCCUGGGGGCCAAGAACAAGCGGGGCAGAGGUCACAAAGCACCAGGGCACGGAAAUGGGUCUAAAUCGGCAUCCCAAGGUACAGGGGAGACUUCCAAGGCACAUUCUGCUGCGGGCUCUGAGGUCAGCCAGACACAGCUGACCUCAGCUGUGGAGGGAAGGGCCCUGAGCAGCAAGGACACCUUGGGCCCCAGGCUUCCUGCGGCUCUAUCCGUGCAAGCCAGGCUAGGUUCCUGCCCAGGGUCCCCAGCAAGGGCCACAUGCACACUGAGCAGAAUCUACUCUGAAGACACUGCCAGGUCUGCGCCACCCUUCCUGCAGCUGGAGCCCAUGCUAGGCCUGGGUAGCAGAGAACGGUCUCAGAGGACCCCAGGUGCCCUUAAUCCUUCCCCAGCAAACUACGCUAGUGACCUGCCCACUGCAUCCCAGAAGAGGUUCCUGGACCCUGACCCUCAUGCUCCCAGUGCCCUCGACAGGGCAUCCCAAACAUCCCCAGCCUCCUGCCUGUGUCCCACUCCCCAGAAAGCCUCUGUGGAAGAGGAGCCCCUAGCCUCUCGUGGUCUGAUGCCUCGGGCAGGAGCCCAGGGACCUGCUGCUAUUACUGCCUCGGGAUCCACAAAGCCUCUGGGGGCCCGGCAGCGUGUCAGCCUCUCACCUCACUCCACCCUCAACCCCAAGGUGAACCCCACAGAUGCCAAAGACCUGGCUUGCAUCAUCUCAAGCCCCUGCCAAGUGCCUCCUCCCUCUGGGACCCAGAACCCAGCUGGCCCUCGAGGGUUCCCAGCCCAUGAGCAACAAGAGGAUGAAGACAGCCUAGAGGAAGACUCACAGAGGGCCCCAGGCUCUGGCCAGCAUUCGGAUAGCCAUGGGGAAUCGUCUGCCGAGCUGGAUGAGCAGGACAUCCCAUCUCAGAAAGCGCAGUGCCCGGCACAGGGCUCAGCAGGCAGCAAUGAGGAGACCAUUGCCAAAGCCAAGCAAAGCCGCAGCGAGAAGAAGGCUCGAAAGGCAAUGUCGAAACUGGGCUUACGGCAGAUUCAGGGAGUCACCAGGAUCACCAUCCAGAAGUCCAAGAACAUCUUGUUUGUCAUUGCCAAGCCAGAUGUCUUCAAGAGCCCCGCUUCUGACACCUAUGUGGUCUUUGGUGAGGCCAAGAUUGAGGACCUGUCCCAGCAAGUACACAAAGCUGCAGCAGAGAAGUUCAAGGUGCCCUCAGAGUCCUCAGCACUGGUCCCCGAGUUGGCACCUGGACCCCGGGUGAGGCCAGAGUGCGAGGAGCAGGAGGAGGAAGAUGAGGAGGUAGAGGAGGCUGGACUGGAACUUCGUGACAUCGAGCUGGUGAUGGCCCAGGCCAAUGUGUCCAGGGCAAAGGCCGUGCGGGCACUGAGGGACAACCACAGCGACAUCGUCAAUGCCAUCAUGGAACUGACAAUGUAGCUACUGACUGAAAGCUCGGGCCGCUCUGCCUCUCCCCAGCCUGUUGCCCAAUAAAUGAG